GACCGAACAUAUUGUGAGCUCAACUCGCCGCCGUACCUACUUCACCGGCAGCGAGGGAGAUGUGGAGGCUGAAGGUGUCGGAGGGUGGCGGGCCGUGGUUGCGGUCGGUGAACAACUUCCUUGGCAGGGCAGUGUGGGAGUUCGAUCCCGACCACGGCACGCCGGAGGAGCGUGCCGAGGUUGAUAGAGUCCGCCGGGAGUUCACCCAGCGCCGCUUCCAGAAGAGGGAGUCACAGGAUCUUCUUAUGCGCAUGCAGUACGCAAAUCAAAAGCACCUUCAGGCGGAUCUUCCGGUCGUCAAGCUUGUAGAUAGUGGAGAAGUCACAGAAGGGACUAUGUUAAUAUGCUUGAGGCGAGCCCUUACUCAACACUCCGCUCUGCAAGCACAUGAUGGGCAUUGGGCUUGCGAUUUCAGUGGAAUUAUGUUCAUUAUGCCUAUAUUGAUAUUUGCUCUUCAUGUUACUGGAUCACUCAAUACUGUCCUUUCAACAGAACAUCAACGUGAGAUUUGUCGCUAUAUUUACAACCAUCAGAAUGAAGAUGGUGGUUGGGGCACGCAAGUGUCGACGCCAAGCACCAUGUUGGGAUCAUGCUUAAACUAUGUUACCUUGAAGCUUCUCGAUGAAGUGAAAAAUGAAGCCUUGACCAAGGGACGUGCCUGGAUUCUAUCACAUGGAAGUGCAGUUGCAAUACCACAAUGGGGAAAGAUAUGGCUCUCGGUGGUCGGUUUGUAUGAAUGGUGUGGAAAUAAUUCGAUCAUUCCUGAAUUAUGGCUUGUCCCACAUUUUCUUCCAAUUCAUCCAGGACGAUUUUGGUGCCUUUGCCGGUUGGUUUAUAUGCCAAUGUCUUAUCUUUAUGGCAAAAAGUUUGUUGGCCCAAUUACACCAACAAUAUUAGCAAUAAGGGAGGAGAUAUAUAGCACCCCGUAUCAUGAGGUCAAUUGGAAUAAAGCACGUGUUACUUGUGCCAAGGAAGACCUUCGUCAUCCACAAUCAUUGCUAAAGAAUGUUAUUUGGACAUGUCUUACUAAAUUUGUGGAACCAAUGUUGAAUUCCUGGCCAAUUAAUAAGUUGAGAGAUAAAGCAUUGAAAAACCUCAUGAAACAUAUGCAUUAUGAAGAUGAAAGUACUAAAUAUAUCGGCAUAUCUCCAAUUAACAAGGCACUAGAUAUGAUCUGUUGCUGGAUUGACGAUCCAAAUUCAGAUGCAUUGAGGUUACAUAUUCCAAGGAUUUAUGACUAUUUAUGGCUUGCAGAAGAUGGCAUGAAAGCACAGGUGUACGAUGGUUGUCAAAGUUGGGAGAUAGCUUUUAUUAUCCAAGCCUAUUGCUCCACAAACCUUGUUAAUGAGUUUGGUACAACACUUAAAAAAGCCUAUGGGUUCUUGAAAAGUUCACAGGUUCUUGAUAACCACCCCGACGGUGAAGCUUAUUACCGCCAUAGAUCAAAAGGUUCAUGGACACUUUCAACAGCAGAUAAUGGUUGGUCUGUAUCAGAUUGCACUGCAGAAGCACUUAAGGCAUUAUUGCUAUUGUCAAAUAUCUCUCCUAAUCUUGUGGGGGAUCCCAUAGAAGAAGAAAGGUUGUAUGAUGCAGUGGAUUGCUUACUUUCUUUCAAGAACAAUGAUGGUACCUUUUCUACAUACGAGUGUAAGAGAACUACAUCAUUGAUAGAGGUUCUCAACCCUUCUGAGUCAUUUCUGAAUAUUAUGGUCGACUAUCCAUCGGUCGAGUGCACAUCAUCGGUUCUUGAAGCCUUGAUUAUGUUUAGUGAAAAUUACCCAGGGUACCGCAAAGAUGAGAUAGGAAAGUGCAUAAAACAUUGUUCCAUGUUUAUUGAGAAUAGUCAACGGAAGGAUGGAUCAUGGUUUGGCACUUGGGGUAUAUGUUUCACCUAUGGAACAUUAUUUGCUGUAAAAGGGUUAAUUGCUGCUGGAAGUACUUACAACAAUAGUUCCUUCAUAAGAAAAGCAUGCAACUUUCUGUUGUCAAAGCAGCUAAGUACAGGUGGAUGGGGUGAGACUUAUCUUUCAAGUGAAACUAAGUCUUAUGUGGAUGCUACUAGUCCUCACGGAGUGAACACUGCUUGGGCAAUGUUGGCUUUAGUUUAUGCUGGGCAGGUUGAACGAGAUCCCACACCAUUGUAUCAUGCCGCAAAAGAAUUGAUGAAUAUGCAACUAGACACAGGGGAGUUUCCCCAGCAAGAACAUGUUGGAUGCUUCAAUUGCUCCGUGUACUUCAAUUAUGGCAACUACUGCAACUUAUAUCCCAUCUGGGCUAUUGGAGAGUUUCAUCGUCGACUACUUGAGAAGAACUGAAACAUACGAACAUGAUAUGUUACAUCACUUCUCGUAGGUGUAACUGUGCCUAUUGCAAAAGGGGGUAUACACGAACUACAUAUAUGUAAAACAUACAUCCUUAGCACCAAUUGACUAAGGCAAAACACAUUAGAGAACAUUGGUAUCUUAUGUAUUGUAAUGAAAUCUAUAUCUAUUCCUACUAAUAAAGUAAGGUGAUAUACUUGGUUU